CCUUCUCUGGACCGCUGUAUUUUCUUCCCCAAACUUGCCCGACGUGGGAAGGGGUGGCACUUAGCUUUUUUUUGCCUUUAUCCAUUGGGGGCCCCCAGCUUAGGCAACUGCCUGGGGCGGACGGUGAUUACCCGGCACACCAACAGUCCGCGCGGACCCGUUACGAGCAGCCCGUCAAAGCCGCGGGGCUGGUCUCUGCCCGUGACGUCAGUAAGAGCGAGCUAAGCAACCCAAGAACCAGAGCCGAACAAAGAUGUUCUUAGCUGAUGCACCAUCUACUUGCCUUUCCUCUGCAGUGCACUACAUGGUUUGUGAAGCUGGAUUUGAGAUGAAAGCAAGCUAUGCUAUCAGUAGGAUUGUAUGCAGCACUGGUGAAAUAGAUUGGGGAUCCAUCACAAAACAUGUACAGUAUGGAGAGCAAGAUCCAACAUUGGAUUAUAUCAAAAGUGUGAGAUCUCUAGGUCCCUUAUGUGAAUCUGUUCACUUGCAUUUGAAAUCACUUACAGUGGAGCAAUUUGAAAACCAGUUUGUGAUGUGGCUUCAGUGGACAAACUACUCAGAGAUAUUUCUUGAAAUGUUUGAUACUAUAAGAAGUCCUCAUGAGGCAGCAGUUGCACUUAGUUUAAUGAAGCUUACCUCAUGUUUGGAACGAGCCUUGGGUGAUGUAUUCUUAUUAAUUGGGAAAGAUUGUCCUUUUCUUCUAAGAGAUUUGCUUGCAUCUCAGGAACUUGUUUCUGUCUUUGGGCAACCAGUGAUGGAUAUUCUGAAGGUGUUCAUUGGCUCUCCAGAUGGUCUAAAUCUUCGUAAUAUUUUGUGGCAUGGAUUUGUAUCAGCUGAAGAAAUUCCUGUCAAAUAUUUCUCUAUGCUACUUUUUUUAACAGCUGGAUUGGGGCAACUGCUUAAUAAUUACUGCCUUCAGACUCAGUCUACUUUAGUUCAUCGACCUUACGUAUCUUUCACUAACCUGAAAGAGCUACAUGUUUUUCCAGAUCUUAAUCAAGAACUCUUGUCAUUGGCUGGAGAAUUAGUAACAAAAUCCAGUAUUGUACUAAAGACCAUGUUACCUUUUUGGAUUGCUGCAAUAACAUCAUUCCAGCAGGCAAGAUAUGCAGACUGUGUUAUUUUGCUGCUUCCUCAGCUGGAAGGUGGGCUUAGGGUACUCUUCACAGCAGUUAAUAAAUGUCCAAGCAGGCUAAUGACAGCUGAGUCAUCUUCUCUGUAUACCACUUUUGAUGAAAUACUAGCAAAACAGUUGAAUAAUGAAGAAAUGAAUCAGCUCCCCAUAGUCCUUGGUGAAUCAGCAAUGGAGUUUCUUUGGGAUUUUUUGAACCAUCAAGAAGGUCCACGUGUUAGAGACCAUCUGAGCCAUGGAGAGAUGAGCUUAAAUAGCUUCCCAAGAGAAACAGCAAAUUCCUUGCUUUCAUUUUCUAUUACACUCCUCUGCAGAUUUUCACGGGAUGACUUGACUGCCAUUAAGGAACAUGAAUUCUUAAAAUUGCUAAUGACCUGCGCAAAUAAUUACUGCACCAAGUUUCAUCCAAUAACACAGCUUAAGAGACAGAUACUGAACUGCAUAAAAAGUAUCAUCUCGUGGCCAGAUUUUCCUAUAGUGCCUGAAGAGCAAGAUCAAGAAAUGGCAGGGUCAGGAAAAGAUACUGCCCCUUGUAUUCUUACGAUCAGCGAUAUUUUGUCUCAACUGCAGCCCUACUUGUCUCUGAAUGUUACACUAUUAGGUGAUCCUGUGAACAAUCUGGUAACUGAAGAGUUGCUGACUGAACUUUGCAGCAAGCACAUUCAUACCCUUUUCUGUCCACGAUCUGUCCUGGAAAUCACUGUGGUGCUUCGCCAGAUAAGCACCCAGUGCCAUCGUGUGUCAUGUCAAGUCAUUUCAGUUUGUGAAACCAGAUAUAAGCAGUGGAUGAACAAGUCACUGAGAUCACGCCAACGGCUUAACUUUAUGCGCCUGAGAAGAAGUAUUAAAUGUCUAUCUCCAGUUUUGCAACUAGUUUUAAUCUUGAUUACCCUGGAGCUAAUGAACAUUCAUACGAUUUGCAGAAAAAACACUUUUGAAUGUCAACAGUACUUAAAGUUUCUCAAAUUGAUUUUGCGGUAUAUUGAGAACUUGGUGACUUACACAAGUCCAGAAAAAAAUAAAUGGGAUGAAACCAUGGUGCUUACACACAAAUCAUUGAUAAAAAUCAGAACUUUUCUAGGAAGGGAACUGAUGCUUGUACAGCUAGCUGAAACAGAGAAUAUAGUUAGUCCUCAUCAAAAUUCUGUAGGUUAACUUAAACAGGCGUUUCUCAUUUUUUCCCCAAGAUUUAUAUAGAUCAAAGUUGGCAAAGACUACAUGCAUAUGUUCUCUAAUGCAAUGAGUGUAUGAGUAUGAGAGAUUUUCUGAGCAAAAAAAUAAAAUUUGUGGGAAAGCCACUAUUACCCUUUGAAUGCAAAUGAAUGAAUGAAUGGGUUUGAUCACAUUAAUACAAUUAAUAUUGCUGCUAUAAAUAUAAUUUUAUUUUUACAGGAGUUUAUUAAAAUAUGUUACUAUUAAGUCAAUUAUGUUUUAUUAAAAUAAACUGAUUUGUAAAUUAUUUUUUAAAAUUUUCUCUGAUUAAGAUGAAAAAACUGAGAAAUGAGUUACCAUUAUAGAUUGAAAAUGUUAUCUCCUAUUUCUUAGAACUCAUUCAGAAUCCAGAUUAACAUUUGAUUAUCAUUGUGAUAUUUUGAUAAGUUGCAACAAAGAAAUUGUACAACUAUGCAUGUGUGAGAUAAUCUCAAAUGCUUCAUUAAAAACAAGCCUACAGAAAUUAAACACAAGGUGGCAGUGUAGCACAACAUAUAAUAACAGAAAAUGAAAGCACAAGAGUAGAAAGUUAGAAAUUGCCUCCAAGGGACCCAGGAAAGGUGUAGCUUUCCAAAUAAGGGAAUACUAAAAGUGUAGGACUAAGCAUGCUCCAGUCAAAUAGAUUCUUCCCAGUCUUAAAUAUGCUGGGAGUCUAUCAUUCAAAUAAUGCAGACUAUGUUGC